UGAAGAUGGCUGUUUGCCAGUACUUCCUGAGGGGAGCCUGUCGCUUCGGCAAUCAGUGCAAGAAUGAGGUGAGCUUGAGAUCGUCAUGGUUUCUGACGGGGAAAGACGUGGCCCUGAAGCUUAUGAACCCUUUUCCUCGGAACAGCACCCUCAAGGAGCAGGCUCCGGCUCAGGCUCAGGCUUUGGCGCGACAUCUGCCUUUGGAUCACCUGCCAACCGCGGUGGGUCAGCAUUCGGAGGGGCAGGUGGCGGAUCAGCUGCACCGCCAAAUACCUUUGGCUCGUCAAGUCAGCCCCGAGCUACAUUUGGAAACGUGACAAGCACGUUUGGAGCCUCCUCGACGCCAUCUGCGUUCGGCAAUUCGUCAGCUUUUGGUUCCAACAGUAGGCCAUCAGCAUUUGGAGGAGGAGGAGGAGGGGGAGCGGGUACAGGGCCGGGAGGAAGUAGAGGAGGCGCACCUGGUCAGACAGCCAUGUUUCUGCCAGGACAAACCGAGCUUUCUGCGGCAGGGAUUCGAGAGGACUUGGGUCCAAGAGGAAGGCCAAUCUGGAAAAUGAGCGUCUAUGGGCCGGCCAAGUUCGAGCCGAACUUGAUAAAGGGAUGUGAUGUCAGCCCCGAAGAGAUGAGAUUGAGAGCGUAUGAAGCGCUCAAGUCGGGCCAAGGCCAAGCGUACGCGCAACAGGAAAUUCAGCUGGCGGGUCAAGCAGAUCGAACCAUUUCACAAGCGCUCAGCAACGGCGAUGCCGCCCAUCGGGAGGCUGUCAAGAAUUCUGCAGAGGCUGUGAAUGCUUCAAAAGGAACCUCGAAUGCCACAGCCUUUGGCGUUCAAGCUGCAAAACCCAGUGCGUUUGGAGGCAGUGGUGCUGGCGGCAGCGGUAGCUCUUCUGCUUUUGGAGGGUCGCCUUCAGCUUUUGGGAGUACGUCCGCCUUUGGCCAGCCAAGCGCGUUUGGCAGUCAGCAGCAGAGCCCAUCGACUGCCUUUGGAGCCUCAACAAGCACCGCUCCAGCGUUCGGUUCAACGACAACUCCCUCAGCAUUCGGAGCCGGAGGAGCGGCUACUCCAGCGUUCGGAUCGACAUCUGCUUUUGGAUCGACGAGCACAUUCGGAGCUUCCAGUGCCUUUGGACAGCCGCAGCCGCAAAUGUCUCAGUCUUCCGCCUUCGGGAGCCAGCCUUCGAACAGUGGCAGCGCUUUUGGUCAGCCGUCGGCGUUUGGAAGUAGCUCAGCGCCUGCUUUUGGACAAAGCUCAGCCUUUGGUGGAUCGACUCCGGCCGCAGGUCAGGGAAUAUCUGCAUUUGGUCAGGCCCCGUCAGCAUUCGGUGCUUCUCCAUCAAAUCCAACGACGUCAGCGUUUGGGAGCACGAGUGCUUUUGGCUCGACGCCCGCACAGCCAACGCCCGCGCAAGGCUCUACCGCUCCAGGAGGAUUUGGGCAAACACAUGCUCCAGCAGCACCGGCAUCGGCAUUUGGUUCAGCUUCCGCAUUUGGAACCAGUGCACCGCAAAGUUCGGCCUUUGGGGGUGGUGGCGGUGGUGGCGGAGCAUUCGGAGGAGGCCCUAGCAAACCGGUCGUCCAGCUUGACGCUUGGUCCAGCGAAGCACCCAAGGAAGAGGCUCUACCGGAGAACGUGAUUGCUGUAUUCAAGGCAGACGAAUUUGAGUGGGGAAAAGUACCGGGCCAAGAGCCACCCGUGAGCGUUCGCUAGAUCGUCGUCCGCAUCAUCUGUAUUCUAUAAUAUCAUCAUUAUCAAAGCAAGUCUU